UUGUUGACUGUAUUAGAUGCUCUUAUAUUUUUGGCCACCCAGCUUCUGCAACAGCAACCACCAUUGUUCAUUCUUUUCCUUUAUAUAAUACUACAAACCCACCAUUGUUCAUCACCCUUUAACAUUUCUGUCAAACAAACACAGUCCACCAUGACGAUUCUUCAGCCUUGUUUUGAUUCCUUCACCUCCUUUAACCUAAUUUGUCUUUUCUUUCUUCUUUCAUCAAUUGUUCUUGUUUCUGGUGAGUGUUCUUGCGAAGAAGUUGGAGACUUGGGAGAACAUAAAGGAGAAGCACUUAAAUAUAAACUAGCCGCAAUUGCUACUAUUCUUUUUGCUGGUGCACUUGGUGUGAGUCUUCCAUUGUUGAGCAAGAAAGUUCCAGCUUUAAGGCCUGAGAAUGAUGUUUUCUUCAUGGUUAAAGCCUUUGCAGCCGGAGUGAUUCUAGCAACUGGGUUCGUUCAUAUUAUACCUGAAGCGUUUGAGAGCUUAACUUCACCUUGUCUCGGUGAAAAUCCAUGGGGGAAGUUUCCCUUCACAGGGUUCGUUGCCAUGAUGUCCUCCAUAGGAACAUUAAUGGUGGAUUCUUUUGCCACGGGGUACUAUAAGCGGCAGCAUUUCAACAAGAAUAAGCUUCUGGCAGUUGUUCAGGAUGAAGAAAAAGCUGGUGAACAUGAAGGUCAUGUUCAUGUUCAUACACACGCCACACACGGCCACGCCCACGGCGGCUCUCUUGAUCAUUCAUCUCAAGAUUUGCCUCUCCCUCAGUUCAUCCGCCACCGUGUUGUUUCCCAAGUAUUGGAGUUAGGAAUUGUGGUACAUUCAGUGAUUAUUGGCAUGUCUCUGGGUGCUUCUGAGAACCCAGAUACUAUCAGGCCUCUUGUAGCAGCCUUGUCAUUUCACCAGUUUUUUGAAGGCAUGGGACUGGGCGGCUGCAUCACUCAGGCAGAGUUCAAGUCAAAAUCUGUGGCAAUUAUGGCAACAUUUUUCUCCCUUACAACCCCAGUUGGGAUUGCACUUGGCAUUGGAAUUUCAAGUGUUUACAGUGAGAACAGUCCAGCAGCUCUGAUUGUGGAGGGGACUUUUGAUUCAGCCUCAGCUGGGAUUUUGAUUUACAUGGCACUGGUUGAUUUGCUUGCUGCAGAUUUUAUGAACCCUAUAUUGCAAAGUAAUGUCAGGCUUCAACUAGGGGCUAAUUUUUCUCUUCUUCUUGGAGCUGGUUGCAUGUCUGUUUUGGCCAAAUGGGCAUAACUUUUAGGGCAUGUCUAGAUUGGUUUCUUAAAAAUGUCCCCUCUUUUUCUAUCUGUUGUUUACUCCUUGAACCAAUGCCAGAACAAAUCAAUAAACAUAGCUUUUUUCAUUUUCUAUUGUAGAAAAACAAAGAAAGAAUCCCUAGAACAACAAAAAUGAUGCUCUUUGACCUUCGUUGUUACUUUGAAAAAAUAUAUUCAAAUGAUCUUCUCAUCCUAA